UAAUAUCAAUUUAUAUUUUAAUGUUAACAGAAAAUAUGUUGUGGUUGAGUUUAAAGAUGGCGUUCAACUUGUUCCAAAUAAUUGGAUAGUAUUCAACAAGUCCCUAUCUUAUUUUCCAAAUUCUACAGAAAUCAACUCAAAAACAUAUGAUAAAAUGAUCUUCAACAGUGUGCCUUAUAAAUCUAAUUGGAAUACAUUUAAAAUUGUUAAAAUUUGGGCUUCAUCAGAUGAUUUCAUUAGAGCCAAACAAAAACUAAAGCUUGCUAUUGAAUUAUCGGAAACUGAAGACAUAAAUUCAGAAUAUGAUGAAAAAUUAUCUAAAAACAAAAGAAGAAUAUUGGCUGCAAAAAGAGCUAAAAAUAAAAUGAUUUCUCCUUUAAAAUAUAUUAAACAAACUACUAAAAAAAAAACAACUACUUCUCAUCAUUUGUUGUCAAAUCACCCAUUGCCGAAACACCCAUUUUCCAAACCACCUGCAGGUACUUCAGAGGAUACUCAAUUUGUUAAGCAUGGCAAAGAUAAUUCAGAUUCAGUUUGGUCAAUUUUGGUUAGCCCCAAUUAUAAGACGUCAGAUAAAAAAUCUUACAGGUCCUUAUCAUUAUCAAAAACAUUAAAAAACUCACCAUUAAAACCAUCAAUGGGCAAUGAUCAUGAAACAAAUAAUCAAAUGCUUAAAAGUGCUUCCAAAUCUCCUAUAAAGUCUAAAAGGAUAGAUUUUAAUCAGACUAAUGUCAAUAACAGUCCUUUGCAUAGUGCUUCCAAAUCUCCUAUAAAGUCUAUAAGGAUAGAUUAUAAUCAGACAAGUGUCAAUAACAGUCAUCUGCAUAGCGAUUCAAAAUCUCCUACACAGCCUAAAGAGAUAGAUUUCCAUAACAUAAGUAUUAACAGUCCUAUGUCUCCUAUGCAUAAAAAAAUUCUGAGCAUGCCACUGUCACCAUUAUUAAUUUCACCAGACUUUAAAACGCUCAACUCAAAAACGAAGUCUAUAAAAAAGAAGCUAUUUUCAUCUGAGUCACCAGUUAAGCAGAAACCUAAAGACCAUGAACAGAGUUUACAAUAUACAGUUAAUAUUGUUACAGAGUUAAGCAUAAAAGUCAACAAAAUUUUGUUGAACCUAAGCAGACAAGAAGAACUGCUCAAAAGUAUCUUCCAUACAGUACAAUCUAAUAACAAUAAUGAUGAGCUAACCAUUAAUGAUGAUGAUACUAUUUUGGAAGGCUUUCCCAUAGAUGAUCUUGAACAAUUAAAAGAUGUUAAUAAUAAAUUAGCGAUUGAUAAAUCGUUUUGUAAGCAGUUGAUGAAAGUCUUAAAAGAGUUUCGUGGUCACAGUGUAAGUAAGGUAACAAAAUGCAUCAUGGAUACAAUAUUCACAAACAAUCUCGGAAGACAAAUUUCCCUCACUGGUAAAGGACCUAUGAAUAAAAAAGAAAAGGAACCACUGAAGAGCUCUAUGUUAUUUAAAGUCAUUACAGGUGUUAUCCUCAAAAAUGUAAAAGAUUCAAAUGUAGCAUCGAUUAAUAAAGCGGUUUCCGGAUGGCUAAAACAUUCAAAAGAACGCCAUCAAAGGGAUGUUCAUAACAAUGAUCAGAUUGUUACUAACCUUUCAGCUUAAAUUAUGUUUAAAUGUU